GAAGGAGGAUGAGUCUCAGUGUCCUCCUCCAUUUCUUAACUUGCAUAACUAAUGAGCCUUAAGCCCCAGAUACAUUUAGUGAGACUAGUGAUUUCUCUUUGGAUCUAGCUCACCGUCCACAGUGAACACUAACAGGAUAAAGGGAAUAUGAACCGUAUGUGAAUACUUUUGAUCAGUUACUACUCAAAUAACAUGUUGGAGAUGCUGGAAUACAGCCACUAUCAGGUGCAGUCCCACCUUGAGAAUCCCACAAAGUACCACAUCCAGCAGGCUCAGAGGCAGCAGAUGAGGCACUAUCUAUCCACCACCUUGGGUGGAAAAGCCGGCAGCCAGUGCCCCAGCCAGCCGACUGAGCAUGGCAUGCCACCCGGGCCUGGCAGCAGUGCCCCAAACAGUCCCAUGGCCCUGCUUACUCUCAGCUCCAGCUGUGAGAAAGAGAUGGAUGAUGUCAUUGAUGAUAUUAUAAGCUUAGAGUCAAGUUAUAAUGAAGAUGUACUCGGACUUAUGGAUCCAGGACUCCAAAUGAACAACCCGCUUCCCGUGUCUGGUCACCUUCUUGAUGUGUAUGGCAACCAAGGACUCCAACUCCCGGGUCUCGGCAUUAGUAACUCCUGCCAACCCAACGUCAAGAGAGAAUAUGCAGCUCCUGGCAUGAAGCAAGUGCUGGACAAGACUGGAUCCUGUGGCCAAUAUGAAAGCUUCCACAGGCCAGAGGGUAUUCCAGUAGAGGCUGAAGUACGUGCUCUUGCUAAAGAGAGACAGAAGAAAGACAACCACAACUUAAUUGAAAGAAGACGAAGAUUCAACAUCAACGAUCGCAUCAAAGAACUGGGAACCCUGAUACCCAAGUCAAAUGACCCAGACAUGCGCUGGAAUAAGGGCACCAUUCUAAAAGCCUCAGUGGACUAUAUCAGGAGGCUUCAGCGGGAACAGCAGAGGGCCAAGGAGCUUGAGUGCCGGCAAAGGAAGUUGGAGCAUGCUAACCGCCAUCUCAUGCUUCGUAUACAGGAGUUAGAAAUCCAGGCCCGAGCUCAUGGACUUACAGUGGUGCCAUCCUCUUCUGUUUGCACAUCAGACUUGAUGUCCAGAUCCAUUAAACAGGAGCCUCUCCUUGGUGACUGCCCCUCAGAUCUCUACCAGCAUAACACAGCACCUGACAUGUCUCCACCAACGACACUUGACCUUAACAAUGGAACAAUCACAUUUGACCGUAUUCCCGCAGAUUCUGGGGAGCCUGGCUCUUAUAGAAAUUCCAGGACUUGUAAAAUGAAGGAAUUGGUAAGGGAAAACACCCUGUCACCAAUUUCUCCAAGCGAUCCUCUGAUGUCUGCAAUGUCCCCAGGUGGCAACAGCAGCAGCCAACACAGUUCCAGCUCUAGUAUGGAGGAAAGGGAGCAAGGCUGUUAGCAUCAUUUAAAGGGACAGUUUGGUAUUUUUAAAAUGGGGUUGUAUGAGGUACUUGUUACCUGCAUGAGAAGCUAAUCAGCUCUGCCAUGUUAUUGAGAAACUGGCCAGUGGACCCACACAGGAGCUAAGCUAGCAGCUGAUGCAAGGGUCAACUGUAACUUAGCUAAUUGUAAUAAAGGCUGACCUAAACUAUAUUUAGAAUCUUUCUAGUGCUUUACUUUGCCAUCAGACAGUCAUGUUGUUUGAGCUCUGUUUCUCAUGCAUGUUUCUCCAUCUACAGUGCACUGUUUGGUUUUUCUAUAAUGUCAACUUGCAGGUGUAUGUGAGCCACUGAUAUCCCCUGAUUCAGUCCUGGUUUACUGAUGUUAGCAAGUCCCAUUCAUGACAACACAUGUGCAUGGGCUCAUAGUUUACACAUCUGCACCACCAGGUAACUUAUCUCUCUUUUACACAAGUUGGCACACAAGUUGUUCCCCUCUUUCCGAGGGUUCGUUGAAUCACAUCGUUCCUUUCUGUACCCUGUCAUAUCAAGUUGUCUUCUCGAGUUCACAGUGAAUAAAAUCAUUGUCGCUGUUAAAA